AUGACUUUGGCAACGGACUGUGAAACAAUCGCGAAUGACGAGAGGCAAAACAACGACAAAUACCACCCCUCCAGCGGAGGGGUUUGCGGAAAGACGUCUCGGGGGUAUUUUGUAUCAGAGGAAGGGCAUAAAGAUCUUGGGCAUUCAGUUACCCCCAUGGCGUUCGCCAUUGGCCCAAGGUUCGUUAGCUCCAAGUUUUCCCCUCCCUUAGAUUUCGGAACUAAUUUGGGGUGCAGUGAUACUCAUUGGCUUCGUCUGUUUCCUUUGUCCUGGCAUGUUCAACGCGCUGAGCGGGUAUGUUCCCAUAAGCCCAGUAUUAUUGGAGGUGGAGGCUGAAGUCAGAGCAGUCUGGGGGCCGGUGGCCAGGUUGAUAGUGCAGUCCAAGCCAAUGCCAGUGUGGCUUUGUAUACCACGUUUGCGCUUGUUGGUUUUGUCGCUGGAACAAUUCUCAAUUAUUGUAAGUAGCUACUGCGAUCGGCACCACCAACGCUGACUCGGAGAUAGUCGGCGCGCAAGCCACAUUGGCGUUCGGAGGUCUCGGCUACGCCCUGUAUUCGGCAUCUUUUCUCUGCUAUAACCACACUAAGAACGAGGGGUUUGUCCUCUUCGCCGGCGCUUUCCUGGGUGUCUGUGCCGGGCUCUUGUGGUGCGCUCAGGGAACAGUAAUGAUGGUAGGAGCGGCGAAUUCGUUGCCACAAUAAGAGACUAACGAGAACAGUCCUAUCCUACCGAAAGCGAGAAAGGUCGAUUUAUCGGGCUCUUUUGGGCUAUCUUCAACAUGGCAAUUCCCCGAUUCCUAUACUAAAUAAAUGAUACGAGCUAACUUAACGGGUACAGGGCGGUGUUAUUGGGUCAUGCAUUCCCAUCGGUGGGAUCCUCAAACCUCACCUAUAUUUACGCCUUGCUAACACGGCCUAGCUACCAACUGGAACAGCGAAGAUGACGGCUCUGUCACUGAUGGCACAUACGUCGGCUUUCUGGUUCUUAUGCUCUGUGGCGCAGUCCUUGCAUUCUUCCUUGUCCCCCCGGAAAAGAUUAUCCGAAAGGAUGGGACGCGUGUCCAACGUGUUCGCCACCCCUCGAUGAAGUGAGUGGAUCUACCUUCUCAUCACCGCAGCCGCUUACCUUUUUGAUAGGAAGGAGAUCUAUGGCCUUUGGGAAACGAUAAAGACCGACACUUAUGUCCUGCUACUCUUCCCAUUCUUUUGGGCUAGCAACUGGUUCUAUACCUAUCAGCAAAACUGCUAUCAACUUUUCUACUUCAACCUCCGUGGCCGUACGUUCACGUAAGUUCCCCCACCCCACCCUAACCGUGUCAAAUCGAGUCGAUCUGACCACAGGCAGUAAUUUGUGGUACUGGCUUUCCCAAAUCUUGGGUGCUCUGGCCUUCGGAUUCUUCCUAGACAGCCAGCAGAUUGGCCGACGCAAGAGAGCGAUCUACGGCUGGGUAAUCCUGUUUGUAGCUGUCUGUGUCAUCGUAAGUUAUAUAUUCGGUCUUUUAUCGGAUACUGCUGAUCUCCCUUAGUGGGGUGGUGGUUUGAAGCCUUUGAUCGCUUCGUCUCGUGAUAAGUAUCCAGAUGAUACCCCUUCCAUCGAUGUCUUUGGUAGGCCCCUUUUGGAAGCUUGGACACAACAUUGGAAGGGUCCCAUUAACGACCCGAUAGAUAAGGAUUUUACCUGGUACCUUAUACUUUAUAUGGCUUACGGAUUUCAGGAUGCUGUAAGUCGGACGGAUGCCCAAGAUAUUGAUAAGUAUCACUAAUAAUGUCGUCAGAUGUGGCAAACGUAUGCAUACUGGAUGAUGGGAGCCCUUUCCAAUGAGCCCCGUAAACUCGCCUACUUUGCCGGCUUUUACAAAGGUAUUCAAUCCGCGGGAGCAGCUGUUGUCUGGCGAUUGGAUGGUGUUAAGUACAGCUACGCGACCCUGUAAGCCCCUCGCCUAUAAAAUCAACUACUUGAAACACUGGGUAAGGGAUUGACUAACGUAAAUCCAGGUUCGGAUCCUCAUGGGGCCUAUGUGGAGCGGGAAUGCUGCUCGCAAUCCCAGUCAUCUGGCGACGCAUCAAAGACACCGAGCUCACGGAGGAGGAUUUCAUGACGCCUGCUGAGAAAGAUAUCGUCAUGUCGGGGAUGAAACCGGUCGGGUCGGAGCAUAAUGAUGGGGUUUAAUAAUUGCGCGUUUUGAGGGGCAAACUUUUUUGUUAUACAUGUUCGUUAGUUGAUUGAGCGCACUAGGUCAAGGGAUUCAUACAUAAGUUACCUUGAUG